UAUCUUCCGGCCACCCCCCAAACUUCCGGCGCAGGCUGAUGACAUUAUCGCGCCCCAAAGGAGGAAAAGGUGGGGAUGUUCAAAUCUCGCGAGAGUGCAGUACGGCGCAGUCGGCGGCGGUUGGUAACAGCUCAGCGCGUCCCGUUCCUGCUGCUGGGGUUUGGCGAGGUUCAGAUGGCGGCGGCGGGACAGGAGGCACUGUCCCAGGACGAGCUGCGGAGGAGGCUGUACCAGACGUUUAAGAACCGCGGUGUCCUGGACACACUAAAGACCCAACUUCGAAACCAGUUAAUCCAUGAGCUGAUGCAUCCAAUUUUAAAUGGAGAACUUCAGCCACAAACUGUUUCCAGUGAUGAAAGUUCACUGUUAGUUAGUGCCUCCAACAGUCUAGUGGCAGAUCACCUGCGUCGAUGUGGCUACGAAUAUUCACUUUCUGUUUUCUACCCAGAAAGUGGCUUGGAAAAGGAGAAGGUGUUUACAGUGCAAGACCUUCUGCAGCUGAUUCGGAUCAAUCCAAAAUCUUGUCUUUACAAAUCCUUGAUUUUAGGCACUCAAAAGGAAAAUAGAAAAGGUUUUCUUAUGCAGAUUUUAAUGGAGCUGAUGGAGAAUCAUCUAAGUAGGGGAAGCCACGAUACAGAAACUCAGACAACCUCAAUGUCUCCUUACAGAGAAUCUCUUGCUGAGAAGCUUCAAUUGAUUGAUGAACAGUUUGCAGAUGUUUACCCCCAGAAUCAGAAAUUUGAAUCUUUCGAAGUAAAACUCAGUGAAUAUCGAAAAGAAAUUGAAAAGCAUCUUCAAGCAGAAAUGGCUCAAAAGCUGCAACAUUUUAAAGAGGUUGAAAUAGCAAAGAUUAGAAUGGAGGAGAAAACACAAUGCCAGAAAGAAAUCUCUGAACUGCGGCAUGAGCUUGAAAGGACACACCAAGCCAAGUCUGAAGCUCUGAUUUCUCGGGAAAAGAAUGCUAUUGAGAGACUGCAAAAACAACAGGAGAUUGAAGCGAAGGAGGUUUAUGCACAAAGACAAAGUCUGCUGAAAGAUAUUGAAAUGAUAAGAACCAGAGAGGCAGAAGUGAAGCAAAGAAUUGAAGCUUUUGAAAUUGCACAGAAGCUUCAGGAAGAAAAAAAUAAGGCUAUUGAUGAUGCAUUGCGACGUCGGGAGGUUGCUGUGAAAAAUAUUGAGGAGACUUAUGACCAAAGACUUAAGAAUGAACUCCUGAAAUACCAGCUUGAGCUGAAGGAAGAAUAUACAGCCAGAACCACUAAAGUUACUGAAGAUGAAAAAAAGAAUAAAGAGAAGGCCAUGCUUUUGCAUGAAGAGGCUGUUGCUGUUAAUUCGAAAAAGGAAGAACUCAAGCAAGCAAUAUCUCAUGCAAAAGAACUGGAGCUGGAACUAGAGUCAGUAAAAGCUCAAGUUCUGUUGGUAAGCAAACAGAAUCAUUCACUGACAGAAAAAUUGAAAGAGGUCGUAGACUAUUCCUUUUUAAAGGAAGAGAAACUGGAGCUUCAGGUGCAGAAUAAACUACUUAGACAACAGCUGGAGGAAAUUCGUAAUGAAAACCAGCAUCUGAGAGACAAACUAACUCAGCCAUCAGCUGAACAUCUGGCCUGCCAAGCGGAGUUGAAGAGAACUGAACAUGCUAGAAAGCUGGAACAGGAAGAGUUUGUAAACCACAAACAACUCCUAGAAAAGCAACUACAAACGGAGGUUGAGCGGUGCGCACAGUUAAAGAGCCAACUAUUAGACUGUGAAGCUACUAACAGAAAGUUAAAUAUUCAGGUUGAAGAUCUGAAAGUGCAGCUGAAGCAAACCCAAACAGUUCUAGAAAAUGAAGUGUAUCGGAAUCCUAAGGCUUCGCUUGUUGAUCGUUCUGUCAUUGACUUCACUGGUGAUAAAUUUGUACCUCAUGACAUUUAUGUGGAUGGUAUAUUCUUGAAAAACCGGGCUAUGACUGAUAUCAUGGAAGCAGAUGCUGUUUUAAGAGUUGGUCAUCACCAGCAUUCACGGACACUCGGCACUUCCUCAGAUUCUGAUUUUGAAUCUGUAGCCAAAACCAAGGCUAGGAUAAAAGAGCUAGAGAAAGAGGCAGAGUACUUGGAAGAAGCCUACAGAAAUUACCAGACUAGAAUCAUUCAGGGUGCAGUUUGUAGCACACCUACAAAGACUAAAUCUGCUAUACCUUUACAGUGUGCUGUUGGUAGAGUCCCUUUGACUUCUCAGCGUGAAGUUUUAUUUGUAGAAGACAACCUUGGUUCCCAACAUUUCGGUUUUAGCAGUUCUAGAGACCAGAGGUAUGAUGAAUCAGCUGGCCACAACGAUGUCUUGAAAAAUCAUCUAACUCCACCACGAGAAAGAAUUUCUCCUUCAAGACGCCUUUCUUCUACUCCUCUUUCAAAAGUGGAGAGAAACAUCAAUAACAAGAUAGUUUCUGAAGAUAUCAGUGGCUCGUACCUUGCCUCUUCCCAACGGAGUGUUGACCAGCCUCUUUCUCCUAUAUUGAAGACAGGACAUCUUUCCUCUUCUGAGUCUGGUUCUUCCUCCCCCAGUAGUCACAGAAAAAAACUAAGUUUUCAUGAACAGCAAGCUGAUAUUCAGGACUUCGAUGACUCUUCAAAGCCUGAGAAGCUAGCAUAUGAGGACCUUGAGGAACAUAAUUCUUCUCUUGACUAUCAAGGGGACAUUCCAGAGCAGUUCGAAAGUGAUGUGUCACAUCCAUCUGGGAACACUGUCAAUGGAAGCCAUGUCACAAACACUGUGCCAGCAACAGCCACUUCACAGCAGGACUUAACAGCAGUUAAUCAAAGAGAGUCUGAAGAUCAGCAAAGAGAAGAUGAUGAGAAAAAAUGGGAGGAAGAGAGGAAACAAAGGGAAGAAAGAAGGCAGAGAGAACGACAGGAAGCUUUGGAAAAAGAGCAAAGAGAACUAGAAAAACUGAAUGAGGAAAUGAAGCUGAUCCAAGAUUCAUUGAAAAUGGAAAGAAAAGAGGAAGAUGCUCAAGGCAAAAAGUCAGAAAUUGGUAUUCCUGAUGCCAAACGUGAUUUGGCUGAUCCUCUUCCUACUCCCUUAGAAAAAUACAUGAAAAUUAUUCAGCAGAACAGAGAGCAGGAGCUGGCAAGCAAGAACUUGGUAAAAGAGGAAGUGGAAGAAGUAUCACUGAUGGAAAGACUAAUGUCUAGCGAUAAAGAGGAAAGUGUUGCAGGCAUUUCUCAUGGAGGCCCUGAUGAAGACUUCUGGUGAACAGCAUUGACUGAUCUCUCCUCAGUGCCAGCACAACGCAGGAUGAAGCAGCAGCAGAACUGCUUUUAUUUUAAUAUGCCUGAAUAGGGGAGUUGAACUGGGUAUAGUUUGUUACAGAACAGCAUACAAUUUUAAAACAGUAACUGCCCCCGGAGUAACUAACUAACAGGUUGAAUAGUACUAAGAAUACCACCUAUGACUAACAGUUGCUAACCAGUAAGCAAGGGGUCUUUAACUUGGUGUGUUAAGUAUCACCACAACUUUCCCCAUCUUUACACAGUAUUCUGAGUGCUCAUCUGAAAGGGUCUGCUACACAUUCACAGGUAUUAACUUAUGAUAAAAUUCAGGCAAAGUAGAUUUGAAAGUGGUCCCCUUCCCCCCACAGGGUGCUUACCUUGAUUUUAUGAAAAGCAUGUUAAGUAACUAUUAUAAAGCUCAGAUAGGACAAUUACUUUUAAUGUAUUCCUACAGACAGAUGUUACUUGGAGAACAGUAUAGUUUUAACAGUGCUGACUGGAGUUAGCUUAAGUACUUUUCUAUAGAAGCAGUGAUAUACACAGGAACAAUCCCCCACACAUUUAAACAAGUGACCCUACUGCAUUCUGUCUCUUCUGAUGCUUUAGCUACUCCACAAGAGUGAUGCAACAAGACUACUAUGAGUUUGGGGGUUGCAUUUUGUAGACUGUUCUUGGGGGGGAGGGGGUGUUUAAUAAUAAAGUGUGUCAGCUGUG